AUGGCAGAGGAGCAGAUACUGGAGCUGCCCGCUUGGUCAGAGAAGAAGGGAGAGGCGGGGAUGACCAUCGCGCUGGUGGGCAGCUCCGUCUCCGGAAGACAGCGCAUAGGAGCCUGCGCUCACCCAUGGCAGCCGCGAGGCUCGCAGCUCGCUGUGGUGGCCACGCCCGCCGCUGGGGCUCCCGCCGGAGCUGCGCCCACGCCGGGGAUCGCCGGGCAGGGCCGCGCGCCGGAGCUCCCGCCGGAGCUGCGCCCGCACCGGGGCCGCUGGUGGGAGCAGCCUGACGCCGCCGCCGGCCUCGAGAAGUGGAGAUGCACGAGAGGGAGCGCGACGACGCUGCUGGAGUGGAGGAAGAGGGCCACCGCCGGCCUGGAGAUGCACGAGAGGGAGCGCGACGAUGCCGCCGGAGUGGAGGAAGAGGGUCGCCGCCGGAGAAGAUGUGCUCGACGACCGGAGAGGAGGGAGAGGGCACCGCCAGAGAGGCCGGAGUCGUAG